UAGUAGAAGAAGAACCGUCAUGUCUGCUCAGGGCGAGUGAGAAAAGUGAGCAGGUGUUUUUGCUGCGUUCACUCAGUCACACUCAGGUGUCAACCAAAGUUACCUGUGGACGAAACAACUGUUGACACUUGUGAAGGAACCAGAAAACUCACUCAGCAAGAUGACACAGCACUCUGUUGCAGGUAGCAGAGGAAGUCCGCCUGGACUUUACAGAGCAGAUUUACUGUGUGCCUCUCCAGUUUAUGUGCAUCACAACAGAUGGAGAGAGAAAGGAGGAGGAGGAGGAGAGGAUAAUCAAGACAACUUGUUGCAUUCUCGCUACACAGUGAGGGGCGGCACUCAUCCGGCAAAUCCAAGCUCCAUGUUGGAGGAUCUGGUUUAUCUCAAUGACCUGCAUGGCAUAAUGAUAAUCAACUCCACUGGUCCCAGACCUCUGGUCUCUCCUGACACUCCACUAAAACACAGGCCUUGUCCGCUCAUACCUGCGCCUGGACCCAUGACUGUCCCCUGUAGUCCCAUUUGCUCCAUGUGCUGCCCUACAGAUACAGACUGGGUCACACUCAGAGCCACACCGGAGAGUCCUGGUGAUCAGGAUCCUGUCAGUGCAGCAGCUCACUUACACCUUCUCGGCGAGUCCCUGUUCCUGAUUGGUCACCAUCUUCAGGAAACUGAUAAAAAGGUGUGCACGUCCAGUAGCUUGUCUCUGCUCUUGGACUCUCUGCUCUGUGCUCUGGCCCCUGUUUUCUGCCUCACUGCACAGAUACCAGAGCUCAGGGGCUGCACACGACACACCCUGGUGAGAGACACUGGCUUUUGCUCACAGAUGCCACAUGUUGUCCACAUAAGUCACAAUUUUCUUCCAUUUUGUUUUUAUCAUUUCACUUGUUAAAGGCCUCUACUUUGGACAACAUUGCCUAUGUGAUGCCUGGGCUGUGAGGGAUGAUGAAGAUUUUGGAUAGUUUACGAAAACAAAAAGAAUACUUAUAUUAUAAUUCUUGUUUUUUUUAUUUUGCUGUUAAUUCUAGGUUUACCUGAAUGCAUCAGCUUAUGAUUUUUGUAUUGGUUAAUUAAAAGUUUGAAUAUUGG